CUUCCCAAUGAUCAGCUACAGUUCCUGUUUCCUUUUUUGUUGAUCGACUCGACUGCACAUAUAUUGUAUGGUUGUGUGGCCUUAUCUUUGUUAUUGUCUGGCAGACAGUUUAACCGAUUACAAUGGCCCAGCCGAUUGUAUCCUUUGCACAUGUCCUGCUGCUGUUUUGUGUGAUUGUCCAGUGUGUUGAUCCCCCUCCACAUGGUGAACUAGCAAAGAGAGCUCGCUACAUCGUGCAUAAGGCUGACUGGUGCGUCAUAACCACCCUUUCAUCCAGCCCAGCAUUGCUUGGCCAACCAUUUCCCAACCCUACUUCCAUGAGCGAUGGGCCGGUGGACAAGAGUUCUGGCAUUCCCUACAUGUAUCAGCCCACUGUAUCCUACAUAGUGCAGGAUAUUUCCCAGAACAGCAAAGUGACAUUGACUUUCAGCGAGGCCCAGUUUGGACUGAAAGAAUGCCUCUUAACCAAAGAUUCAGACCCGGAGUGGCCAAUGUGUGCAAGGCUGAUGUUGAUGGGUGACAUGCACUUAGUGAAAGAUGCGGCAGGCAACGCCACGGCCAAAGCAGCCCUCUUCCCUCGCCAUCCUUCCAUGUCCAGCUGGCACUUCCAUCAACACACCUUCCUCAAGAUGGACAUCAAUCAAAUUCUGCUUCUGGAUUACUUUGGUGGCUACAGCAAUGUCUCAGUGGCUGAUUAUUUCAAGGUCAAUCUAGACUAAUGAAGUACAGUGGUGGUACAGGGUUUGUAUUGUCUUGUCAAUUCAUUGGAUGAAUAUUGUACAAAUAUAACAUGGUUUAUAUCGGGUGGACAGUCGAUAUUUGCUCCCCGAGGUAUUGGAAGUUGAGUUUGUCAACUUCCAAUACCGAGGGGAGCUUAUAUCGACUGUCCACCCAAAAUAAACCAUGUUAUAUUUGUUUAACUAUACCUCAUACAUAUUCAAUUGCCAAAUUUUCCCUGAUGCAAUAAGUACAAUGUAUGCACCUUGCAGGCAAAAUAUAUCUUCGGAGAAAUUUGUCCAGCGCACCAGAGGAAUAAUAUUGCUCAACCUCCGAAAAGUUCAGUUCGUUUGCAAUACAGUAACUACGGUUGUAAAUACAAUCAUUUGUGGACAAUUUGUUUUAUUACAGAAGACAUCUUUAUUGUCCAUCAUAUUCUCCAAUUCGGCAUCAUUGAGCUCGGGAAAACACUAAUUAUUUACAUGUGCAACCAUGAUCUUUUCAUGUGUAGCUAGCUCGGGCGAUAUUCCCGCGUGUGUACUUCACCCGUGCAACAGUUCCAUGAUUGCUUUGUAAUGCGCAUGCGUACCACUAUGCAUGCAUAUUUAGCCUGUGCGUGAAUACUUGCGCGUGCAUUUGGUAAACAGCAACAAUAGCAUCUGGCACUUGAUGGUGAAUGGACCAGUGAGAAUUCGGCUCUCGGUCAUGAAUAUGUAUGAGGUACAGUAAAAUGAUAUAGUACACCAAAAAGAGGCUACUAGGAGAAGCAAUAUUUUGAAGUUUACUUAAGUUGACAUCUCCACUCCAAACAUUGUGUUUUUGAUGAGUCACCCAUAUCACAACGCCCUGUUCAAGGGCCAUCCAAGGUGAGGGCCACACAGGGAAAUCGAAGAAAAAGAAGGAAAAAAAUACUUCAAGUAGAAAGUAUUGACGUUACCUUUGAACUGGGACAGAUCAUUAAUCAACUGCAACACAAGAAACUGGAUGAAUACUUCCUAGAAUUUGCUGUUGGAACAACUGCAAUUUUAUGUUUUUGUUUGUUUGAAUUCCAUAAGAUGGAAUUUUUUGUCCGAAUACUCAAUGUUGAGUUUGUGUUUGUAUGUGGUCGGAUUAGUAUUUCAGUAUGUACAUGUAAAUUACUGAAGGAUAAAUGAUUAACUGCAGGACAGUAUUAGUCGGAUGUUAACCUUAAAAUUAGAAACAGGAGGCCUCUUCCUCAGCAAACAAUGAGGGCGAUUCACAAUGCAGUGCACCACCAAGAGGUUGCCACAGAGAGUUCAUUUUUUCCCAGUGCAGUGUGGGAGAUGGUUGACAAAUUCGCAGCGU